AUGAAAGCCGCCCUGAAUGACCAGUUCCCAGAGGCACAACAGCAGCUGUGUAUCCAUCACAUCAUUUCUAACGUCCUGCUUAAGGCGAAGCAGAAGUGGGUCACGGACGCCGAGCCUGACAGCAGUACUAGCAGCGAUGAUGCCCGCGAUGAGAACACAGCCUACACACAAGCGCGCGCAAAGCUCAGCCCCAAAGACCGGCGCUUCAUCCACGAGCCAGUGGCGGAGGAUAUUCCUCAUAGCUACCGUGGGGUGCUCAUGAUGUGGAAGCAUGUCAUGCUCGCUGAGACCCAAGAAGCUCAUGAGAAGGCGUGGUCUGAGCUAUGCCGGGAAUUUGAUGACCAGCGGGCUAUCCUACAAUACCUCCAUGGAACGUACAUGCCCGUUAGGGCUCAGUGGGCGCGGUGCUUUAUCCGCAAAUAUCGCAACUUUGGCAUUCGGGUCACGUCUGGCACAGAAGCGAGCAAUAACAACGUCAAGAGCUACCUUCUGAAUGGCAUGAGCAAUCUCUAUCGGCUAGUCGAGGCGAUCCAGGACAUGCUGAGCGACCAGGAGCGGGACUUCGCUCACGCUAGCGCAGAGGACGAGGUUUUGACUGACCGCAGGUAUCUCGGCUCAAGCUCAGAGUAUCUGGGAGACCUGCGAACCACGAUCUCGUCCAAGGCAAUUGGGCUGAUCGCAAGGCAACAUCGGACAGCAGAGAAGGCAAUGUCGACAAGAAAUGAUCCGCUCCCCGUGCAUUUGGGAGAGUGUGAUGAGGGCUGCUCAGUUUCGGUAGAACUUGGCAUCCCUUGCUGUCAUAAAAUCUAUGCCAAGAUGGACGAGGGAACGCAUUUUACUAAGUGGGACGUUCAUCCACGUUGGCACUUACGAGAGUCAGCCUCUCGAGAUCGAUACCGGCGAAUCCUCGACCCCAAGAUUAGCACUGCUCUUCGCGGAAGGCCCAAGAACACUUCGCAGACUGUUCCGGCGCGGCUAGAUAUCGGGUCGGGCAGCCAGACGGGCACAGCUCGUAAGCAACUCAGAAACCCGACACGGCCAAAGCAAAGUGCAUGGAGUCAGCACGGCACGACACGGGCAAGGCAUGCUGUGACUCAGCAAGCCAGCGGCCAGGCCACUCAACAAGCGACACACCCAUCCCAGCGCCAGACGCGCAGCCAAUCGUCUGUGCUAAGAGCGGGAAAAACAACAGGAGUACGUGCGAGCGGACGCAGGACACAGCCAAGCAUACGGAGGCGAAAGAGUCAAUGGGAGCUCUUGGACAACGACAGCGAUGACGAGGUUCUUCCUUCCAUAGUGGUCAGACAAUAG